CUAUCAGUAGUACGAAAAACGCUGACGUCGUAACCGUCGUCGCAGUCGUUCGAACAUGAUCAAGUAGCUUCUUUUUAUAUUUAUAUUUGGACAGAAAUUUAUAAGAAAACGAUUGUUUCGUGAAUGGUUAAUUUUCUUUCACUUUACCUGAGAUGUUUCGAAAAUGUUUAGAAAAUAAAAUUGAACCGAAAAAAGAAAUAACUUUAAUCUCGUCGAGAUACAUAAAGUGAGCUGUAAACAUAGUUUGAUCGUGCUCUUAUUCCAAAUUAUAUUAUUUCAAGUGUUGAAACAGCGCACAUGUCGAUGAAUGCAUAAUUACUUGAAUGAAAAUCGAUUUUUACUUUUUUAUUUCGAUUUGUGUGUUUUUCUACUGUUCUGGUGGAUAUUCAAUAUAUGGUACAGUUAAUUAAAGCUAAGAUUUUAAACUUAUUGCCGCAAAAAAUAAGUGGAAAGAAAUUUAUUGUGUUACGAAAGGUUCAUUGUUGAAUGUCCGGACGGAUUUUCUCACUUUCAAUUUGUGACAACGCAUAAUAUGAGAUAAUGUUAACUGAUAGCAUGGUGUUAAAUGCGUAAUCAUUGUUUACUGGACUGGGGGCAUGAACGCGGUGUGAGUUGUGGCCCCAGGAGAUCAUGCCAGUCAGUACCGAUUGUGGACAACCACCUGCUAAACGCUGCAGAUAUUGUGACGAAUCCACGCACGACGUGGAUGGACCUUCAUUGUGGCGUUUAACGCUAGAUCAAGAUCUACUCGAUACACUGACACGAAGAUUUCCGAGCUGGUUCGAUAAUCUAUCGUCAACGGCUGGAGACUCGUUUCAAACAACGGCAGAAAAAUAUUUUACCGUCAAUUUGGCCGAUAUUAACGGAAUGGCCGAAGGGGAUAGUCUAGGCAACUCAGCAGCCCCAUCCGGUCAGCCUUUAUUAAGCGUGGAAGAUGCAUCUAACACAACUCUAACAAAUUCGAUGACCUCAAGACAAUCACCGCCAAAAGCUGUCGUGGAUUCGUCUCCACUACAAGCACAAAUGGAUAAAAAUAAAGAAUCACUCAAAGUAAAACUAAUGGUAAGGCGACCGAUCAAUCAACUGGUGGAACAAGGAAUUAUGCCACCUCUCAAAACGUCGCCAGCUCUGCAUGAGCAAAGAAAGCAGUUAGAAAGAGCUAAAACCGGAGAUCUUCUUCGGGCCAAAAUUCAACAACGUCCUGAUCGCCAGGAAUUAGAACGUCGACAUAUUCUUGAACACGAUGAAAGCCACGUCGAUCCUAGUCUGGCUGAAAAGCAAAGAAUGCUGAAGAAAGCAAGAUUAGCCGAUCAACUCAAUUCACAAAUAUCUCAUCGACCUGGUCCUUUAGAACUGAUAAAGAAGAAUAUUUUACACACAGAAGAGCCAAUAGAAAGAAUUGUGAAAGAAGGUUUGGUUUCAUUCAAAGCAACUAGUGAGGGAUUAUUAAGUCGUCCGCAACAACCACAUGGUUACAUAAAUUUUGAGGACGAUUCGCAAAGUUCUGAGGGCGAUCAACGAACGAGUCCGCAAAGAAGUGAUGUAAUCGAAGCAGCUGCUGCAUCGGCGGGCAUUGUUACUGUGGCACUAACAAUUCCAACCAGCGGUGGACAAGUUGUUGUCAAAUCAGCUCCAAUGCUUCAACAGAAAUUCCAAUCAGCUAUCAUCACUACUCCAUAUGUCCCUCCACCACCACCACCGCCUCCAGUACCUAUCAAAUCGGAACCCAUUCAAAUUAAAUCCGAAACCUCAAACCUAUUUGCCGAAUUAUGUCAAUCAGUUGUUGGUAAUUCCAAUUUGCUUCCACUUGUUCCCAGUCCAGUAUCAUUAAGUUCCACAACAUCAACGCUGAGUCCAUUGUCUUCAGUUUCAUCACCGCCAUCUCAGUUCACAUGCCGUCCUAUGCAGUCUUCCUCACAGAGCCAGAAAUCGGACGCUCCUGGAAAAGACAAGAACAGAAAGAAGUGCAAGACCAAACCAGUUGCCAAGUCCAGGCCUAUUAAAUUUCAUGAAUAUAAAGGACCACCAAGCGCACAAAAGCCUAGCUCAUCUUCAAGUAGCGUUAACGAAGAAACUUCCUAUCAAUUAUUGCUCAAACAACAAACGUUUCUGCUUGAAUAUCUGGAAGGACUUCAUAAAAAUUCGUCAAUGACUCCAGCAAAUCAGAAAAUAAUGCAAGCUGAACUCAAUGCACUUCAACAAAAUAGUUAUCUUCAGCAACCACUCCCAUCACCCGCUCCUUCUGUAAGCUCAUCAAUUCCUGCUAGUCCAGCUCCGAGUUACAAUGAAUCCAUCAGCUCCGAGAUAAGCAAGUUGGAAAAGAUGAAAGUUUCUGACUUGAAGCUGUUAUUGAAGAAAAGAAAUUUGCCUGUGUCGGGUCCGAAGCCUCAACUAAUCGAAAGACUGCGACCACAUUUACUCAUGGAGCCAGGAGAUACAUCUACCAAUGAGUCGAUAUCAGGCGAAACUUGUGAUAUGGAUGCCAUGAAUUCUCCUCAUCAGUCACUGUCACCCGAAUCCGAACAUGAGAGCAUGGAUGUUCAACAGAUUGAUUCUCCAUGUCCGGUUGGCAGACAAACACCGCAAUUCAAAAAUGAUGAUUUGUUACGUGAACAACAACGUAAAAUUGAUGAGUUACAAAGAAAGCUUCGUGAAAGUCAGGAAGAGCUGCUGCAGAUGCGUCAAAUUCAUCCAAUUCCGGCUGUACCCAGUGAAAAUAUUGUUCCGCCGAAGCCCGAAGUGAUAAAUCAGAAGAUGGUAUUCAAGCAGCAGUUGGAGGCCAAAAUUCAGAAAGAGAAGUUACAGCAAUUAGAGAAUCAACAGAGGCUUCAAAGAGAACACUUGGCUUUUCAACAAGCAAAGAACCAAGGCAAUAUCAUCAUUCGCAAUCAAAAUUCUCCAGUUCUCAUAGCACCUAAAGAAGAGAAGCCACCUAUUCAGCUUGCAUUUAACAAUAAUCCUCCAACAGUUCAAUUGGCCAAUAAAAAGAACGUAGAAAUCGUUUGGAAUGGGGAGCCAACCCUUUUUCUGGUUAACAUACCCGACAACAAGCGUAUCAUAAAUGCUGUGCAACAAAAACCCAUGCCUGGAAUUUUGGUUCCAAUAUCAGCUCCGAUAUCAUCUUCCAUAGCAACGCUAUCCGGUCCAGUUCCACCUCCACCACCUCCUCUUCCACCGACUGACUUAACUGUAAAUCGUAUUGCACUCUCUCAACCACUACAGCAGACAUCUCCACCGCCUCUUCAACGGCAAACUACAGACAAAACACUUCCGCAGUACGAAGAGGCUGCCAAACAGUUAGCGGCCAAUAACAAAACAGGAAAAAAUCACAUUAAAUCACAAGUUAUGACUGACGUUCUCGAAAUUUUAAUAAAAAAUGGAGAACUACCAGAAACUGCUGUAUUCGAUCCAGCAACACCCACAACACCAGGAACAAAUAUCAAUUUGACUCAGAGUAUGAUUUAUCAGCCGUCAAAAUUGACAAUUAGCUCAGGACCACCUAAACUGACAAUGAUACGAGGCGUUCCAGCUUCUACCAACAUUGAAAAUGUGGAAAUGAUGUCACCCAUGCAACCGGAUUGUGAGAACUCAGUCAGCAGUUUCGAUUUGUUCAUGGAGCGUCAACAACAAGAAAAACGUGACCAAGAAGCUGCUAAGCAAGAACUUAUGCAGCAACAACAGUCGUUACAUCAUCAAAAAAGUGAGCAGCAAAAUAAUGUAUCGAGUCUGAAUCAACAAAUGGACUCGCAACAAUCCCCUAGCCGUCAUCCAAUUGUCACCAAUGGACACCAAUCAAAUGUAAAACAUUUCGAUGAUUUGGAGUUAAUGGAUAUCAUAGGUAUGGAUAUAGGUGAUGACCAGUAUCAACUAAAUCCAGUUAAAAAUUCCCUGAUAAAUGGAAAUGGAAGUGGAAUUAUAUCGAAAACGCAUCGACGUGAUAUGAAUCCUAGCUUACAACCAUCUCUAAAUGAACUGAUAAUGGAGCAGCAGCAGCAGCAACAACAACAACAAUCAACUAGUUUUAACAAUAACUUCAAUUUCGAUGGCUGCAACAACAACAAUAAUUUCCACUCAAUUCCGAUGGACAUCGAAGACUUUGAAAAUUCUCUUUCCCAUUUCGAUUUCAGUUCAAUAGGCGUAUCGGACGAACAAAUCAAUACACCGCCACAUCCAUUCUCCCAGUUGCAACAACAAAACCAACAGCAGACAUCUAUUGGUAACAGCGUUGAUGUGGAUUCGUACGAUCCGAAUUUAUCAAUAAACAAUGACAAUUAUCUGGACUUCUUCAACAUUGACGACUUUAAAAUGGGUAGCGACAAUACGCUCUCCUUCGGUGAAGUUGAUUUUCCCGUAUAACAAACAAUGUGUUGUUUUUAAUGACUGACAAUUGGGUGAUGAUGGCGUUAAUGUUGAAGAUUUAAUUGAAUUUACCAGUAGAAUUUUACAAUUCCGCUGGACACAUGAAAAUGCACAUAGUGAUAAAUUGAUUAAAAACAAUAAACUGUACUGAGGAUCAUUCGUAGAUUUUGUAAUAAUUUUGGAUAGUUGCCAUGAUGUCAAAGUGUGCCUUUUAAUUCGUUUAGAAGAAUUAGAGAAGUAAUGAAAAUUCGGUGGAAAGAGGACUGUUAAGGACUCAAACACAAGUGAUGUAGUCGAUAAAACAAUUCGGAAAAAAGUGUUAUAAUUUGAUGAAGAACAUUAUGAGAGAAGACGAUAAAAGUAAAUAAUUUGUUGGAAAGAAGAUUGCACAAUUUGCCAUAUCCUCCACAGAAACAAUUUAUCGAAAAAUGAAUGUGUGUAACAUCAUCAUCAUCAUCAUCACCACGUGAUUAAGGUAUCGUAUCGUAUACAUAAUAUUAUAAUUUAUAUAAUUUUUUUUUUCUUUGUUAAAAUAGAAAAAUGGAUAAAUCCGAUAUAAAUCAUUUCCUUUAGUUCAUAAAUAUUUUGAAAUUUUUUGUUAUCCAUUACAACAAAGAAAAUGCCGAAAUGCUUCCAUACAUAGAUUGUAUUUAGUAGUGAAGUACUUAACAAGUUUUUUUUUAUUAUUUAAGUAUUUAACCUAUUUUCGUCUUGUUAUUAUUGAUCUUUCGUAGACGGCGUUGUCACCCUUCGCUAAAAAAAAAAUAUAUUCCGAAUGUCUGUGUGUGAUAGGGAUCUUUUAAAACGUUUCUUGUACGACUUUGAGGUCUAGAAGUGGCAUAACGAGGACAAUGUUUAUCACAGCCGAACACACAUCGCUUAAAAUGGUUGUCAAAAUGAACCAAUGAGCCAGGAACGAAAUCUUUUGUAUUUUAUUUUUUAUUUUUAAUCAAUGCUACUCUUCAUUUGAGCAAAAAAUUGUUCUACAGCAUGUCUCUAAAAAUGUACCGUAUAUCGCUCCUCAAAGUCUAGUCCUACAAAAUGAAAAUCUUUGAACUUUCAACAUUUUCUAUUUUUUGUCGAUAUAAAAUAUAAAUCCGAGCAAAAGAAUUUUCUACCCAAAACGUUUUGAUUUUUUAUAUCUUACAGAAAAGACAAUUGUCUGCAGAUGUAGAAUAACUUUUUGUGCUUUUUAAAUACUGUAUUUUACCAGAAUCCUUUUUCGAAAAUAUAUGACAGCAAUAAGGACCACGAAUGUGUCAGCUUUCAACAGAAAUAGAUUCGUUUAUUGUAGCAGUUAUAAUUUUUAUUCAGUCUUUUUAAAGCUAACACAUUCGUGGUCGCUAUUGCGGUCGUACAUUUUUCAAAAGGGACUCUGAUGAAAAGUGUUGAACUAUGCAGCUUCGGCUGAAUAAAACACCAGGACUUGGUUAACAAAUUGUAGAAAGAUUUAUUGAUAAGCGUACCCUACGAUGAUCGGUACAAGACUAAUCAUGAUUAGCCACGGUGAACAGACAAACGGUCAGUUGCGCUAACGAUAAAUGCAAUGUUGACAAAUUUAUUUCAACAGCCCCACUAUUUGUUAACAUCGCAAAAAAAUUAAACAAGAAAAAUGAAACAAAAUGCAACCAAUUCACUGCAAUUUCCCCUAUUCAAACAAAUCGCAACCAGUUCACUGCAAUUUUACUGUAGCAAUAAUUGUAACCAAUUCACUACAAAAAAUAUCAAAAAAUUUCUGCUUAAUAACAACCAAUUCACUGUUAAAGCGCAUCACCCCUUCGGGCAGCAAAAUGACCAGCCCUCUCAUUAGUAUCUACGACCUUUAGUUUUGAAGCAAUUUUGUCCGGACAGCUUUUUGCAAAAUGGCCGACCUCUCCACAGAAAUGGCAUCUGAGUUGUUCGUUCCUUUUUUCGUUGCCUUAGAAAAAAACGCUUCACCAUUCUCGUCGUUAGAAUCGAAUCUUGUCUCUUGCAAUAAGAGUAUUUUCACCCCUUCAGUUGCAAGUUUCUCUGAUGAAUUUUCAUACGCCAUGACUAAUGGGGUGAAUUCAUUUGGCAAACCAGCCAACAUCAACGACGCUAUGAUUUCAUCAUCCAAUUUCAAUCCAGUCUUUUUCACUUUCAGUGACGUCAUUGUCACACGAUUUAUGUAAUCCUCCAUCGACGCACAAUCAGACAAUUUCAGUUGGACCAGUUGCUUAAGUAAUCCCACUUUACGACACAAACCGCUAUCCUCAAACGCUGUUUGAAGAGCUUUCCAGGCGUCUUUCGCCGACGUUGUUUCAGCUAUGUACGAGUAAACAUCUUCAUUGAUCAGCAAACUCAGUUCGGACCACGCCAUCAAAUCCGCAUCCUUUUUUUCGCUUGUGGCGUCUCCCGCUAAACCAUUCUCAAUACACGACCACGCCUUUUUGAUGACUAGGUACGACUUCGCUGAAAUCUUCCAUGUGUCGUAAUUCUCGCGACCCUUUAGCUUUGGAAAUCGGUUUGUUUCGCUUGCCAUAUCUUUGAUUUAUGUUCACGCAAAAAAUUCCAGGUUUGUACAGAUGUUCCAACAGUUUCGUGUGUCGAUCAAAAUGUCAGAUUGCAGAUUGAUAUACCGCCUUGAGUCUUAUUGUUUUGUUUGCAAUGAAAUUCAAUGUUAUCACAAACCAGCAAACAAAGUACCGCUACGUCCUUGACGCCAAUGAAAAAAAAUUUUGUUCACUUUUCCCGCGUGCCCAAAAAAACGGCUAUUUCUCUAUUAAACAAAAUGUUUUACUGGGUAACGAUAGCUAGCAUUUCCUCUUAGCUCAGGACGGAUUUAUUGUCUUUCGACCCAGCGCCGUGUUAUCUCGCUGUUACCUUCAAAUAACGUUACCGAGCAAUAUUUUGUCUGAUUCACUUCCAAGAAAAUUUGCACAAUGAAACACCAACAAAAAUCUUUCACCGUUGAUUGACUUCACAAUAAAACUUUUAUUUUACUUUACGUUACUGGGCCCAUAACCUGUUGAACUAUGCAGCUUCGGCUGAAUAAAACACCAGGACUUGGUUAACAAAUUGUAGAAAGAUUUAUUGAUAAGCGUACCCUACGAUGAUCGAUACAAGACUAAUCAUGAUUAGCCACGGUGAACAGACAAACGGUCAGUUGCGCUAACGAUAAAUGCAAUGUUGACAAAUUUAUUUCAACAAAAAGAUAUCUUCAAAAAUGAAAUGCGAUACACACAAAUAUAGGCUACAAUAUUAGGUAAGCAUCAGUGCCUCUUAAGAUCAGGUUAUGGCCUUGAGUCAAGUCGAAUUUUUCAACUUUUUCACUUCUUUUGCACAACAGGCCUUCCAAUAAUUUUUUUCAUCUGGGCGGAGUGAAUACCCCUAUUCACGACACGUACGGAUGAAAAAUUUUGUACGGGUAGGAAAUUAAAACUCGAGCUAAUUGCGGAACUUUCUAUUUUCUCUCCUUGAUAAGCCAAUAACCGUUGUUUAAAUUUCAUUCGUCGUAUUAAGAAUAAGUCAUACGUUUCAAACUAUUGCCUUAUUAAGGACUUACGUUCAUACUAAGUUUUCGAUCCUUAAUAAAUUACAGCAAAAUGUGCAGUCUGUGAAGUAAACAGAUUUUCUAUUUGAAAAGUUUGAGCGAAUUUUUAUCAACUGAACGAUGCAGUGUUUAUACAUCGCGACCGUCUAUGAAACGUUAAUAAUUACACUCUUAUUGUUUAAACAUAAAAAUACAAUUUUAGUUGCGUUAAUUUAAAUAAAUUUUGUUUUGAUUUAAAUGAAAAAGAACAAUAAACUAACCUAUUAUGAAUAGAACUAAAAAAUAAAUAAAAUAAAUUUUGUUGUGUGCUUGAAACAUAAACAAUCAGUGAUAUUAUUAAAAUAAUAAAAAAAAAUUAGCUAACAAAAUAAUAAAAUUAAUUAACAAAUUGACAAGUAGAACGAUUUUAAAUCAAAUAAAAAAUAUUAUUAAAAAUAAUAUGAACCAGUGAUUCCUUGCAAUGAUUUGCAAAAAAAAAAUAUUUUUUAGUUUAAUCCAUCCGAACUAUAUGUGACUUACAAAAUGUAAAGAAAAUCCACCUCUACCACCACUUCAAAUUUAAUUCACCGUAAACUUCUUCCGACAAAAUUGUUUUCACGAAAAAGUAUUUUGAUUUCUCCCUACAUGUAUUUCAAUGGUAUUCGAAAAGGAAAUCGGCGAGAACAACAUUAUUAUAUGUACCAUUUAUCUUCAAGACUUUCAGAUCCUUCACUCGCACCUGACGACUUUCAUUUUACUGUCUCGUGUUGUUUUCUCACACAGUUAAAUAAACGAUAAAGAGAUUACGACCUUCCAAUCUUAAAGAGAAAGAUUUAUGCAAUUUUGUAACGCAUGUAGUUCGUAAAUAGUGUGCUGAAUCAGAGCACCUUUGAAGCAAGCACUAGAACAGAACUUGAUAAUAUUUUUGAUUUUUCUUAAUAAAAUCGGAUGGAAUAAAUGUCUUGAGACUUAAGUGUAUUAUUAUCAACUACAGUGGCGAGUAGAUCUCUAGUCGGAAAUUCUGUUCUAGUGCCUGCUUUUAUAUUGCUUAGGCUGAAUACAUUUCCAGCAUAUAUUUUAUAAUAAUUGUCAAAGUGGGCAUUACAAUAAAAUAAAUAUUCUAAAAUCAUAGGCCAAAACAAAAUAAUCUACGAAAAAGAAACUCUCUCAAAACUCAAUACUCAAAAAAUUUAAAAAAAUAACUUCUGCGAGAUUAAGAUUACCGAAAUCAUUAUAAAAAAAUACGAAAAAAUCGACCUAAUUACAAUUGACGACGUGAAGCUUCACCAAACUCGUCCGAAAGCUUUGAUCAAACAAUUUACUUGCAACAUCACAACGGAAAAUUAAACAUAAUGUAACACAGAGUUUGACAUUCCAAAAAUUAUUUUUCGAAACUUCUGGUUUUGUGUGUUCCUUACAUCGGUAAAUAUAUUGAAUCGGAAGAUGUAAAUUUCUAACUAACUAGAAAUUAGUCAAAAUACCCCAAACUAACCAAUACUUGAGAUUGUUGAAUAAUUGGAUUUCAAUUUAACUCUAUAGUAAACUCACUGAAAUAAAUUGCGUUGUAAUUUAAAAAAAAGAAUUGAAUGAAACAAUUGAAUUAACAGUAAAUUUAAGGAGUCGUUGAAUAGAAUAUGCGGGACCAUUGAACGAUUGGG